AUGGCGUCACUGCUCCCUCUGCUUUACGACUUGCUACCUAUAAUUAUGCCCUCAGAAGUUCACAUCUCUCGUGACAGAGACUUGACCCCUGUAUUUGAACGGGCAGAGGGACCACCGUAUCAUCAGAGACAGCCUUCUCCUGCACCAACAGAUCCUCCUGCGCCGGGACACGAGCGUCAGGCCGCCUUAAGCGCCUAUGAUGAGCAAGCGAGCUUCCCAGUAGAGUCAGAUCAGGGAAAGUCGUGCGAGCCGAUACAGCUGCUCGACCGUGAAGAAAGCUCGGCUACCCAGCCCACACCCAAGCCCAUCUCUACUAGCGAUGACGGAUCCAGAUAUAGUGACAACUACACGCCUUGCCACCCAGUCCCGAGUGCACAGGUCAGCGGGCCGAGACUAUUUCGCAAAGACGCAAUGGUGGGCGUCACAGACAAGAUGUGCGCGACAGUGGGGCCGAGAUCUGCUUCGGCUGUCCGUCAUCACGGUGAGCAAGACACCAUAAUCUAUGUGACAAGAGGCUGUGGAGUUCUCCUUAUUAGUCCUGCGCUGGACCCUGUCAGGGCCAUCAGGGCAGAUAUCAAGGGGGAGGCUCCCACUCGUGAAGAAGAGCAGCCUCAGCGCCAUGAGCUUUCGCCCGGUGAUUUCGUUUUCAUACCUGCCUGGACGGAGCAUCAAGUCGUAAACGAGGUUGAGGAGGGCGACAUCGUCUGGGUCUUGAUCCAAAGUGGAGGCGAGCGAGUGCAGGUUGAUUUAGAUGGUUGGGGUGGUGAGAGAAUUCAGCAAUGA